ACCAACCUUUGGAGAGUGAAAAGAAUGGAUAUUGUUAACAACAGCUUCUAUGAUAUCAGCACCAACUAUUCUGAUCUCCUGUGUGAGCUCUUCUCAGAAAAAGAUCCUUUUUUCUGCGGGAUUCGCUCUCAGCGUUUUAAAGACCUGGACCAGACAGUUCGGAUUCUGCUCUAUUCCUUGAUAUUCCUGCUCAGCGUCCUGGGCAACACUCUGGUGAUCAUAGUACUGAUUAGAAACAAACGAAUGAGGACUGUCACCAAUAUAUUCCUGCUCUCAUUGGCCAUCAGCGACCUCAUGCUCUGUUUCUUCUGCAUGCCCUUCACGCUCAUUCCUAACCUUCUGCAAGACUUUAUUUUUGGCAGCACCAUUUGCAAAAUUACCAGUUACUUCAUGGGCAUCUCCGUCAGUGUGUCCACAUUCAACCUGGUUGCAAUCUCUUUGGAGAGAUACAGUGCUAUUUGCAAACCACUGCAGUCCCGUGUCUGGCAGACAAAAUCACACGCCUUGAAGGUGAUUGCCCUCACCUGGUGCCUCUCCUUCACCAUCAUGACGCCCUACCCAAUUUACAGUAAUCUGGUGCCACUUGAGAACAGCACAGCAAACAUGUGUCGCUUCUUUUGGCCAAGCAAAGUGAUGCAGCAGUCUUGGUAUAUCUUCCAGCUGCUCAUCCUCUUUCUCAUCCCAGGGAUUGUAAUGAUGAUUGCGUACGGCCUCAUAUCCUUGGAACUCUACAGAGGAAUCAAAUUCGAUGUCAGUCAGAGGAAGUCUUCACGAGAAAGGAAAAGUAGCACCAGCAGCAACAGAGAUGAAGAAGGUGAUGGCUGCUACCUGCAAAAAAGUAAAAAAAAGAAGAAGAUGCCGCUGCAGUCACUCCCAGUGAACUCCAGUAGCAGCAAAAUCGACCGCCCGCGAAGCAGCACCUCGGCUGCCAACUUGCUGGCCAAGAAGCUGGUGAUUCGAAUGCUGGUUGUGAUUGUGAUCCUGUUCUUCAUCUGCUGGACUCCAGUCUUCAGUGUCAACACCUGGCGUGCCUUUGAUACCUGGUCUGCCAACCUGCUUCUCACGGGAGCCCCCAUUUCUUUCAUCCAUUUGCUGUCCUACACUUCCGCCUGCGUGAACCCAAUUAUUUACUGCUUCAUGAACAAACGCUUCCGCAUGGGGUUCCUGGCAACCUUCACCUGCUGUGCAAAGCAAAAACUUCCCGUGGCCAGAGCAGAUCUGGCUGAGGAGGAGGAAGGGAAGACCACAGGAGCGUCCCUCUCCAGGUACUCUUACACACACAUGAAUGCAUCUGCCCCACUGUGAAGGCGUCCAGUGGAAGGAAUGAAACAUUUUCUUUCCUGCUGCCUUGAUUUGUCUAAUAUGGUUUUGUAUGAAAAUACUCGAGCAAAUUGGGAAGGGGUAGGAGAUCAACAAUAUGCUGAAGUGCCAAUGCUCCCAUCAGAAAGACAUUUCAGCUUUGAAUCUCAAAAGAGAACAGAAAAUUUCACUCAGCUAGAACAGGCCAAUGCCAUUAGCCCUAAAGCUUCGCACAAACACAUCUUGUAACUCACAACAAUAAACGGUGUUUUUCAAAAGUAGAUUGGCCUGUUUUCCAGUCCAAAAAUUUGUCUUUCUAGUGUGCUCCACAUAAUGAGAUUCCGAAUGCCAGUCCAUGAGUCCAACUUUGUACGGUCACAUUCUGCAGCAAAAUACCAGCGUGUGUGAUGAAAUUCAAAACCUGGCUAUGUUUUCGGUUUUGCCAUUGGGCUUCAAUGCCUGGAAAAUUAUGAACACAUAGGAUAAUGAAGGACAGAAUAUUGAUGGUGCUCAGGAAAAUAAUAACGUGGAGCAGCAACGCUUUUUAUUUUCUCGUGUAGGGAAUGAACAAUAGAUACGAACUGAGCCAAUAGGCUCUGACAGUUCUUUAAUGCAUUGCUAUUUGUGACAAUUUGGUAUAAUAAAGAGU